CGGGGAACAGCUGAUUAUGACGUAAGCUCCGCGUUUUGAGAGUAAAUUUUAGGUUAGGAACAUAAACACGUUUGGUUACAAUUUGAGCUUUAUUCAUGAUUUUGGUAGCGUAAAGGUGAAUUAAAAUGGAAAAUACUGGUGAGAGUGACGAUGACGUGCCUCAGUUAUCCGCGGAAACAUUUUCAGCGUUGCAACAGUUUUACCAAGAGCAAGAAAAUCGCGAAAAACAACAAGAUGUUAAUAGUCUUACGGGUGGAGAUGUGCCAUUAGACGAAAACUGGCAACUGAGCCAGUUUUGGUAUGAUGAUGCCACAAUAGAUUUUUUAGUCAACAUAGCGUUGAAAUCGGUUGGAUCAGAUGGAAAGAUAGCUUUGGUAUCAUGUCCUACCUUAUACAAGAAGAUGAGACAGAAAGCCGACAAAAACUGUGAAAUAACAUUGUUUGAAUAUGACAACAGAUUUGCCGUUUAUGGAGAAGAUUUUAUGUUUUAUGACUACAACUCCCCGUUAUCAAUUCCAAGAGAAAAAUCUGGAUAUUAUGAUCUAGUUAUAGCCGAUCCACCUUUUUUAUCGGAAGAAUGUUUAACAAAGACAGCUGUAUCGAUUAGAUUUCUUACGAAAGAAAAGAUAAUUCUGUGCACAGGUGCCAUCAUGACUGACUUAGCAAAGAGAUUACUAGACUUGAAUAAGACAGUGUUUGAACCCAAACAUAGGAACAACCUUGCAAAUGAAUUUUUGUGUUUUUCUAACUUUGCGUUUGACGAUUUUCUGUGAAGACGUCAAUUAUUGCUUCUAAAUAUUCUUAUAAUUACUCUCUUAAUUUUAUAAUUAUUAUAGAUGAAAUAAAAAAUUACACUCC